AUGCCACCCAAGCAGAAGCUCAACGAGAAGAACAAGGCCGCCAAGCGACAGGAGCGGGCCAGCGACAAGACCUUUGGUCUCAAGAACAAGAACAAGUCGUCCAAGGUUCAGCGAUUUGUGCAGCAGGUUGAAGCUACAGCCUCUGGAGCCGACAAGAAGAAGCAGGCUGAGAGAGAGCGUAAGGAGGCCGAGAAGAAGGCUGCCGCUGCGGCCAAGGCCGAGGCCGCCAAGCUGUUUGGCUCCGUGGUGAUUACCCAGAAGGUUCCCUUUGGAGUUGAUCCCAAGACCGUGCUGUGUGCAUACUUCAAGGAGGGCCAGUGCACCAAGGGCACCCGAUGCAAGUUUUCGCACAACCUGGAGGCUGACCGAAAGACACAGAAGAAGGAUCUGUACACGGACGCGCGAGAGCAGGAGAAGGAGCAGGGCAUGGACACCUGGGACGAGGAGGAGCUGCGAAAGGUGAUUCUGUCCAAGCAUGGAAACCCCAAGACCACCACAGAUAUUGUUUGCAAGUUCUUUCUGGACGCCAUCGAGGACUCCAAGUACGGCUGGUUCUGGGUCUGUCCCAACGGCGGCGAUCAGUGCAAGUACAGACAUUCUCUGCCACCGGGCUUUGUGUUCAAGACCAAGGAGCAGAAGAAACUGGAAAAGCUUGCGCUGGAAAAGCAGCCCAAGAUUACUCUCGAGGACUUUUUGGAGACAGAGCGUGCCAAACUGCCCAAGAACCUUACUCCUGUGACUCUGGAGUCUUUCAACAAGUGGAAGGCUGACCGAAUCAAGGCCAAGGAGGAGGCUGCUGCUGAGGAGGCCCGAAAGCUGACCCAGAAACAGAUGUCUGGUCGACAGCUGCUGCUUACCGGAAAGUAUGACGAUGAUGAGGAGGACGAUGGAACUAACGGUACCGCCUGGGACUUGUCUGAGUUCAAGCCCAGUUUGGAUAUUGUCGAUGAUGAGGAGUAA